AUGCACAGUAUUCUCGACACUGCACAGAGACUAACUCUGGUAGAUCCCACACCCCGACAGUAUAGUAUCCACGGAUUCGUUCAGCAUCCAACUUUGUCAAAUCCUGUUCAAUCCUUUGCGAUUCCUCCUCUUAAUACAACCCACCUGGGUGUUGAAACAGACGAUGAUUUCGAGGACCCCGAGGACCCAUUUGACGUAGAUAUGGAUGAAACUGACAUGUCCUUCAAUGACGCGGCCGAAUCCCUCCGGAACAUGCUCGAUCGGUCGGGCAACACCAACUGGCAGCAGUCAUCGCAGUCCAACCCUAGGCGACGUCAGCAACAAAUGUUAGCGACAUAUAGGCCAGUACUAAGCUCGUCACCUUUACGAGAUGAGAGGAAUGAGCGCAUCUUUUGCCAUUUUGUGGAAAUUACGAGUCAUUGCAUGAGCAUCUUUGAGAGACACCAAUAUUCGCCAAUCUCCCUUCCCACCCGAACCUUAUGGAAUUUCACCAUACCUGCCCUGGCCAUGUCUCAUGCCGCUCUGGCACAUUCGAUAUUGGCUCUGGGGGCACUCCAUCUGGCCAAAUUGCAGGGACUGCCAGAAGACAUUGCCGUGAAGCAUUUCACAUAUGCGGUUCGAAGGGUGGGGAAAUUGCUCGGGCUGCCCAAAAGACGACACGAGAUCGCCACGCUUGCCACUGUCCUUGUUCUGGGCUUCUAUGAAGUUCUGACCGGCGACCAUUCCCGCUGGUUUCUUCAUCUGGGCGGCGCUACCAGACUGGUCCUGGAACAUGACUACGCAGCAUUGACGCGAGCGACUCGGCGGAUGAGAAGCGGCGCCAAAGCUCGCGUCCACCAACAGACAGCACAAUUCGCUCUCACCGAGGAAAAUUAUGCUCGAGUGGCAGGAAUUCCUUUGGCACUGCUCGAUGAUGUGGACUGGGAGGUUGAUGCCCAACUUGUAUCCCGUCUGGCAGGGCUGCCCGUUGAUUACGACAAUCAACAUCAGCCGGGGUUCCCAUCUCACGGCUUUACCAUGGACUUGAGUACCAAGGAUGUUGAAGAUUUCAAAACCAAGAUGGAUCUUCGAUGGUGGUACUGUAAGCAGGACAUCUUUGGCAGCAUGAUCAGUGGGGAUCCACUUCUCAUGCCGUUUGAGAACUACAUUUACUGCCCUCCAAGGGGUCAGAUAGGCCGGGGCAACAAUCCUUAUGCCACACUCGAUCACAUGCUGUUGAUUAUGGCCAGAAUUACCGAUUUUGGCGGAAAAGAUCGAGCUCGCAAGCAGAGGGCAGUCAAAGCACAAGGGGGUCAAUGGAGGCCGCCGCCUUGGCUGUUCCCUCAAGGCCCCCCUGGCGGACCACCGGGCGGCCCUCGAGGUGGCCCAGGAAGCAAGAUGAGUGGAGGACCACCACGGCCGUCUCAUCAAUCCCACCCCACAGUCACACAAGGUCCUAAAAGCGCAGUACCGAGUACGUCUGACAUGUCCAAGGCCAAGGCUUCGACCGCUCCAAGCGCGAACGAAGGCAGAAUUAGACGACAAAGCCGACAAGGUCCUCCGGGAGAGAGUCCUCCAGGUGCUCCGCCCAUGUAUGGCAUGAUGCCGACGUCAAGUAACAAUGUUGAGAUGAACUCGGCAUUUAGAGCAAUGGAUGCAUCAAUGAAGGACCCUGCAUUCCAGACCAAACGAGAAGAGCGACACGCCUCGCCACCAAAGUCUCUUGAGGAGGAGACUGCAAGAGCAUUUGCCGAACACGAAUCAAUCACCAAAGCAUUCGAUCUAUAUAGAUCAUGCCUUGGUCCAGACUUUGAUCCACUCCCGCUUUCCGACGUCACUCCACAUUCUACACCUUUUGGACCAGCGCUGGUCUACAGAAAUCCUGCCAUUGCUAAUCUCUGGCUGUUCUACAAUGUUGGCCGCAUCCUCCUGCACCGGUUCCACCCUGAAAUGCCGCCAGCUGCCAUGGUCUCAGCCGGAGUCACGGCUCACCUGACCAAGGACUACGCUCAAACGGUGGGCAGAAUCUGUGCCGGGCUCUACUCCCCGCACCAUUAUGGCCAAAAAGGGCCUUUGGAUCCUUCAUUUGCCGGUGCUCUGAUGGAAAGCACCUUCCAGCUUCUCUUCGCGGCUGUCCAGUUCCAAGACGCCGGUCAGCGAGGCUGGACCAUCACCAAACUUCAGGAUGUUGCGCAGAGAUGUGGAUGGCAGACAUCUGGAGCUGUUGCUGCGGCCUGUGAAAUUGCCUGGGAAAAAAUGGGACAGGCUGGACGAGGGCCACCAUACGAGCGCACCUUGGACGUGAAUAACAAGGAUGUCCGUGUGAGUGGGAAGUUCUCGCGAAACCCUAGCGCCAGCGUCAACAACUUUCGAAAGUCGGACGACGCUGUUACAGAUUACGAAUUGGAGUUUGUGAAUCAUGAUCGGAACUUGAUCGAUCGAUCUGGGUCGACCAGAACUCACUGGGCAAUCGGCUUACUGUCCGUUGAGGAAGAUAUCAAAAAGAUGACGAUUGAGGACGAAUGA